UCAACAGGAAGAACAGAAUGCAGUCAAAAGUUUGUUGGUGCUGGAUGAUUGAGAGCCAAAAAUGUGACUUUAAAAUGUUAAAAUACCAUGAAUGGAGUGAGGCUGUAUGGCACAGGGACACUCACGCAUUUCCCCGGCGAAUGACAGUGACAAGAAGCGGGGAUGGCUGUGCCCCAGUCUUUGUAGCCUUCAACGAGCCCGCAGCAUUUAAACUGGCGCCGAAGACGCCGAGCAAGGACAGCAGCAGGCAGGCGAUCUCCAAGAUGUACAAAAUCACCACGGACACGUUGGACACCAGCUGCGGGGAUGAAUAAUAAUCAUGACGCGGCAGUGGGAGAGACGAGAGAUGCUCGCCACGGCGACAACCCUUUCGGAGUCCCACCUGGCCCGCUUGCAGGAGGUCCCGGUGUCCCACCGCCCUCAUGGUCAGCAUGAAGAAGCACAGAGCCUUGGGGGAGGUAAACAACGCAACAUUAAGAGACACAACAGGAAUCGGCAGGGUUAAGGAGAUGUUCCCAGCUGACAUUUAGCAGGGGACACAUUUCCCAAUAAUCGUAAUUCUCAAAUGGUUGGCUCCCUCUAGCGGUGCUUUGAAGAAUCACUGUCGAAGCACAGUUCAGUUGUAUUUAACUUUUUGGUACAAAAUAGUUGCAUUUAAUCUUUAACUGUUUUUCCUUCAGCCUGUAUUAUAAAGUUACAAUUUAUAUUUAAUUAUUUUUGAGUGUGAUACAUUUGAAUUGAAUCAAUACUUCCCCCCUGAUAUUUACACUUAGGCCCGCGAUGCUAAUAUACUUGGUAGUAAAAGCUUGAGAACCAAUGUGCAACUGGAAAACAGUUUUAAGAGCUUAAAAUGUCAGAUGUGUAUCAUUUUAUUUUAAAGGCUCAUUGAUUGUUUUGGAAAAUUGCAUAUUUAAGGAAUGCAUGAUUCUACUUCUACACAUGAGAAAUUGGUUUUAAAACAUGCACUUUUUGUGAUUGACUCAAUAUCUGGGUGGGGACAUAAAUAAGCCAUUUUAGUACUUUAACACGUAUAGUAUUUGAUAUAAUUCCAUGUAUUGAACACAGUUUAAAUGCUUGAAAAGGUCCUCCAAUUGUGCAACAUGACUCCAACCUUUCCCAAACACAUUUCAGGUGCAUCCCUUUCAAUCAAAUCGUUCAAGAUGAACUCAGUUCUUAAGUUACAACAGUGUUUGGAUUUCAUGGGAGGUUUAUUAAGUUGAAAGGUCAGGUUUCAAGAGAGGAUUGUGGUUUCAGAAUUGGGUUCAGGUUUCAAGUUUGACUUUCUCGCCUAGUUUCGGGUUGACAGCUAGAUAUAUAGAUAGAUAAACAAAAAUAAAACUGCAUUCUGUCGGAUGGCCUUCCACGUGACGUCACCUGCCAGCUAUAUUCACUGCAAAUGUUGUCAACCGAAAACACUGUGCAAAAGGCGGUCGCCCCGGAGGGCUCUCUUUUUUUCCCAUCCGUUCGUUCACCCAUCAACCGGGCGGAAAUGCACGUACCAUAUUGACGGCGCAGGCGAAUAUGAAUGGCCUCUUUAGGCUCGUUUUAUCCGCAACCACCACCACCGCGUUCCGCUGCAUGUCGCCGCCUCCGCCGCCGCCGCAGACCCCCAGCUUUGACAACGCCCCGAAAGCACACGGGAGAAGGAGAACGGGCAAAGAUGCGUGGUCGUGAUGUUUAGGACGUAACGGCAUCCGAGCGCGUGCGGGGACGUCACAGAGAUGCGCUGGAUGAGGCUGCAUUUGAGGACACUCGGAAUUCUCGCUAUCGCGGGUUGCAUGUGACGUAACCAAGGGGCAUAGGCAUACAGUGGGCUUCACUGAGGGAAACCUAGGUUGCAAUAAUUUUGGCUUUGUUUUCAUUAUAGUAUACAGUAUUUCCUUGUUUAGUAUAUAUGCAUAUUUAAAAAAAAAAAAAAAAAAAAGCUAAAUUAAAAAGCAUAAUAGUUAUUGAUCAUAUUCCUGGAAUGCUGCACUGGAGAACUCGUACAGUGUUCCCGGAUAUAUAUUGUUUUGCACACACCAUGUUUGAACUGCAUAAUUGCUCAUAACUGUUUGAAACAUGGAGUGAUCAAAAUGAGGUUUCGUGCAGGUGAACUGCAUUUCCCACAAUCCCUUCCUCUUUAAAGGGGCAGCGACAAUGUUUUCUCCAGAACAGGUAGGGCGGGAUUCUAUUGUUUCUGCAGGUGCUAUGGAGAGAGGAGAGAGGAACUGAAGUCAGUAUAAAAGCACUGUUGGCACUAAAAGGGGAUUUGUGAAGGAGAGGCAGGUGGAUCAGGCAGCUCACUGGAUGACGGGCAAAAAAAAGCACAUUGUGUUGUUUCUGUCAAGUGGAUCACCUCAGAAGUCCCAGGUAAGUAAAGGAUGGGCUUUUUUUGUUCGUUUUUUGUUUUUUUGUUGCACUUGUCUUUGAAGACGGUCACCGCCUGAAGGUCUGACAAUAGAGACUCGAAGCAAAGACAAAAAAGGAUCGAGAACUUGGGAGCAGGGCGGAAAAUGUGAAGAAGUGUGUAACCUUUGAACGGCACAAUUUGACACCUUGACAAAUCGUCUUCGCGAACUGGUCGGACGGGAUCGAUGUGGACACGUUUGCUCCAAUUCACCCUGCGGGCCCAAUACCCCCCAGGCAGCCCCUCCCCCGCCCCCAACCGAGCUGCUCCAGGAUGCAGAACCCGGGACCGGAACAUGACGACACCUUCGACUACCUGUUCAAGAUCAUCUUGAUCGGCGACUCCAACGUGGGGAAGACCUGCGUGGUCCAGAACUUCAAGUCGGGGGUUUUCUCGGAGAAGCAGCAGAACACCAUCGGAGUGGAUUUCACUGUGCGCACUUUGGAUAUUGAGGGCAAGAAAGUCAAGAUGCAAGUGUGGGACACGGCGGGACAGGAGCGCUUCCGGACCAUCACGCAAAGUUACUACCGCAGCGCUCACGGCGCCAUGAUCACCUACGACAUCACGCGGCGCGCCACCUUCCAGUCGGUCAGCGACUGGAUACAGGAAGUGGAGCUCUACGGGGCGGCCAACGUGGUGCUGGUUCUCAUCGGUAACAAAUGCGACCUGGAGGAUGAGCGCGAGGUUCUGUUUGAGGAGGCCUGCAGCCUGGCAAAAGAAAGUGGCGCGCUCGCUGCCCUGGAAACAUCCGCCAAGGAGGGUCAGAACGUGGAGGAGAGUUUCAUGUUGAUGGCGAAGGAGCUCCUGUCUCGGAACGGCCUCCAGGUCCAGCAGGAUGGGCUGGACAGCUUCGCCAGGCCCAGACUUCUCCUCAGGACUAACUCCCGGCCAGUGAUCGGCACCGUGGGCGCCUUCACAUCGGCGGACAAGAAGUCGUGUUGUUGAGGAUGUUAAAAGAUGUGACAGUGGAUGCCUAUCGGGACAAUAGGAAUGGCUGCGCAUCACUCAGGAGGUGAUUUGGAAGCAUUGAAGAAUCAAUGCGGAGAACCUUGAUAUUUCUUCCUUUUAAGAUCCUAAGUUUUCACCUUUUGAGGAUUUUAAGUGCCAGUGUUUGACCCUUCGCCUUCUCUGGAGGAAACUGGAGCAUGGGCGACAGUGGACGUAAAAAUGCUCAAUAAAAGAUUUUUCAUUUGUC